AUGGCGGCUGUCAAUGCAGUCUCCUUUCAAAGACACGCUCUCCAUCUUCCAGGUCGCAGCACAGCUGUUGCGCCCUUCCCGCUGUCGCUGGAGAGGCCGAGCGUGCCUUCAGCCAGCUUGGCGCAACUCCGCAGUGGCCUUCUAGCUGGCUGUGCAGGCUGCGUCUCACUCUUGCACCGAGCGAAGGCACGGAUACAUGUGCUUCGCCGGCAGCAGGCGCCGGCGUUGACUCUGACCCGGGAUGUUCAGCCGGCAGUUGCUACCGAGCCAAAAGGGAAGCCAGCUGUCGGCCGAGCUCGUGUCUUCGAGAUGAGUCCGCAGGCGCCAGAACUACAUGAAAAGCAGGAGGAGACUGUUGACAGCAUCCUGGAUCUUUUUCAGCGAGGCCAUCAGAAAGUAUGCUUGCGUGGAGUUCCUGGAUCUGGAAAGACUUUGGUGGCGGCGAAGGUCAUCUCAGAAGCAUGUCAGCUUUUGGGCUGCAAGGCAGCCCUCUUCAUCUCCCCGCUGAAGGAGCUGACACACCAGACAGGCCGCAACAUGCGAGCUUUCUUUGAAGAGCCGGUGAAGGUGGAGGUUUUCGUCUCCAAGCUGCGACAAUUCAAACGCCCGACGCUGCGAACCGUGAAGCAGGCCGGCAAUGGAGAGGUGAUCCUUAAGGUGGCACGCGGUGGCUCUGUCAUGGACGAGGAUGCAGAUGAAGCCAGGAGAAGGACCCUUGAGACCUUGAAGGCGGAUAGUCCUUCACCAUGCGUGAUCUCCGCGUCGACUUCAGCGAUCUACCCUGGCACCGGUCUUGCAAAUAUUUGCCUGACAGAAGAAGGAAGCUUGGCAAAGCGUGUGGCUGUUGCACUUGCAAAUGAGCUUGAACAAGAGCUUGAGAAGCGACGCCGAGACCCAGAGCCUUUAGGAACCGACUUCGAGAUUCGCCAGAAUCGCGCAGCGCGUGAUUCCCGGAUGGAGGAGGACAUCGAGAAGCUCAGAAAAUUCUUCUACUGUCCAGACAUGUUCGACUUGUAUGGAGACCUCCUAGAUCCGACCACGCUGAUAGAUGUGAUGAAUGAAAAAUUCCGCCAUGACUGGAUUCUGGUGGUGGAUGAAUGCCAUUCAACCUGGCCCAUGCUUCAGAUCGCCUCCGCAGGAUACCGUACACAAAUGCAGUCGCACAUCGAGAACGGCAGAGCACGCAGCAGGCUGCUCCCCGUGGAUGCAGAGGAAUUGGAGCAUUCGCAUCGCGGGUGUGGGCCACUGACACUGCCCCAGCUUGAACGGCGCCUCCCGAAUUGGGUGCUGAACAUGUCUGCAACCCCGCAAGAUCAGGCCAAGUUCCUAUUGGGAGAGGAAGUCGUGUUGGAAAUCCGGCCCACUGGUAUCUUGGAACCUGAAAUUUUCACCCAUCAGAUGGAGGAGUGCCACAAGGGCCCUGGCGAGUCCAGACACAACACCUGGAGCCUGUAUUGCAAAAUCUGCAACCUCCUCGGCAUCGCUUCCCCGGAAGCACAGGAAAAGGAGAAGCGCCCCCGACAGGAGGGGGAGCAGGUGAUAAUUUCGUGCAUCACCAACAACCAAGCAGAGGUCCUUUGGGGUCUGCUGACUGCACGAGGGGAAGCCGCGGCAGUGGUCCAUGGAUCGAUGGACGGCAAAAGUAAAGCAGCUGCGCUGCAAGAGUUCCGAGACGGCAAGGUCGAUAUCCUUCUUGGCUCCAAAGGCUUGAUCGAAGGCUUAGACUUUCCGAGUGUGGCCAUGGUGAUUGUCCCAGAUGCUGACACUCCGGGACUGUUUCGUGCUGUCACCCCACUAAAGCAACUAAUCGGACGAGCAUCGCGCCACAAAGCGGGAAGGGUGUAUUUCCUGACAGCGAGGAGGGAGCGCAGUGCAGUUCUGGAGAAAAUCGACAAGGAGAGCAAAACACUUCGAAAGAAGCAGGCCGAAUACAACGCAGAGAGGGGCUUGAAGCCUGAAAGCAUCCACAAGUCUCAGGUCAGUGGCAAGAGAAAGGACACGAGUUGGGAGCCAACAGAAGGGCUUGAGGAGUGGAAGAUCUGCUUGCGGGCGACAGCUGCUAUUCUUCAAGCGGCCUGCCGCUUCAAGUCAUGCGUAGAGGCAAGAGAAGAGAAGGACGAAACUCCGUAUUGGAUGAAGGAUGCGACGGAGGCAAUCCUGAAAAGAGAUUUCUUCAAGGACAGCAACAAGUUGUUUCAGCAGAUCGUCCUGACGGUCUCCGUGGAUUACAUCGGGCCUGAGAGAUCAAAAUACCUGCUGGACAAGUUGGGGGACAUUGACUACCUGCUGAGCCCAUACUGCGACAGAGCAGAUCUGGAAGCAGUGCCGCUGAUCGGCAAAAACAUCAGCGAAGAUCUCUACAACGUGUCUUUCCGAAAGAUAGUUCGGGGCACAAGGAGGAAGCUGUCGGAGAUGAAGGAGAUGCUGAGAAGUUUGCUGGAUCCGCGGAAUCUUCCUGGAGAUCCGGAGAAGGAGGCCAACGCUAUCUUGAAAGACGUCCCGAGUCAAGAGUGUUCCAAAUGGGUGCGCUUGCUGACGGGGAGAAUGCUGGAGCUCGUCUGCAACGACCUCAAGAAGUCCAAGCCUUGA